AUAACAGUGCAUUGCGUAUUUAAAGCCAGAAUGGCUAGCUGGCUCUAAAGCAUGUGUGUAGACCAGGUUACAGUCAGGAUAAAGGUCCAUAGAUUUCAUACAUCAUGAGAACUUCACUGUGCUUCGUUGCACUCUCCUUGCUUCUACUUCAAUGCUGCAAAGGUCAGGUGCUGACUGUCGGCUUUGCAGAGGAGGACAGAAAAAUCACGGAGGACGCAGCUGGGACCAUCUCCUUGUCAAAAAUUGGAACCAACACUUCACCGUUAAGAGUGACUGUUAGAGCACUGAGAUAUGAUGAGUUCACUGGCACAUUACCAACUUCAAUGACAUUCGCUGACCUUCCAGACCCUGCAGAGUUCGAGAGUGGGAGAGAAGAUUUUGUGAAACCUCAAGAUCUUGAGUUUGUAUUUCCUCCGAGUAGUGCCCAGCAAGAGUUCCAAGUUGACAUUAACCUUGUUGACGACCUGAUCAAUGAGCUUAACGAAGGCUUCUUUCUCCUGAUAGAACUGGACCCUACCAACAACGAGACUGCGUUGUUAGACAGAAAUGGGUUGGCACUCAUCACCAUUGGAGACAAUGAUCCCAUUUCCCUGACAUUUGUUGAGCGAGAGUACAAUAUAAUGGAACAAGAUGCCACGGUUGAUGACCUCGUGUUUAUCGCCAAGGAGAACGAUGUAGUAUCUGAGCAGGUGCUGAAAAUACUAGUAGAGGUUGUCCCCAAUCCAGCUACAAGAGGAGAGGACUUCAACGCUCCAACGCUCACCGAGUUAGUGUUUCAACCUGAGGACGAGAUGCUACCAUACUCAUUCCAACUAAUCGAUGAUCAAGUGUUAGAAUCUGCAGAAAAUUUUGUCCUUUUGCUGUCCAUCAACGAGACCCAGCAAGGACUGCUGCCCGGCACCAACACCAGCACCAUCGUCAACAUCCUGGACGAUGAAGUAAUCACCAUUUCCUUCAACCAGUCCUCGUACACUGUAACGGAAGGGGAGGGGCCAGUUGAUGUAUGUCUGGUCAUCUCGAGCCCUCCUGGUCUCACUUCGUUAGGAGAUCUAGCCAUUUUUGGGCAAGUCGGAACUACCCCUGGAUCAGCAAUAGAGUUUGUUGACUAUUUCACUACCUUCUCUUCGAAUGAUUUCUCUUUAUUUGAUACCACUGUGGAGAUGUGCUUCCCUGUGAAUAUUAUCGAUAAUAUAAUACAAGAAGAUGUCGAAAUGUUCAUGUUCAACAUAUUUCCGGACAGUGAAAAUCCAAUCAAUGUUAUCUUUCCACAAACCAGCGUCAACAUCACUAUACUAGAUGAUGAUAAUCCCUGCAUUGAUUUACCUCUUCCCGAUCUGGGCAGCAUCAUUUACAGUCUUGGAUCCACAGAUAGCCGGCCAGAGAACACAGUAGCCACCUACGUCUGCAACAGUGGAUACUUCCCCGAUGGAAGUAUAACCAGGACUUGUCAAUCAGACGGAACAUGGAGUGGCAGUGCACCAACUUGCACAGACCGUAAUGAGUGUGCUGAUCCAAGCCUCAACAACUGUGCCUCCAACGCCAUGUGUAUCAACUCACCAGGAGGCUUUGACUGCUCUUGUCCCCCCGGCUUUGUUGGUGAACCCACAGUUGACUGUCAGGAUUUAGACGAGUGUGCCCUAGACAUUCUCAACAACUGCCCUGACAACUCUGAGUGUAAUAACAUACCUGGAUCUUUUACCUGUACCUGUACAACUGGUUUUAUUAUGCAAGGCAACUUGUGUGUAGAUGUGGAUGAGUGUCUCAUAGAUAUUCUCAACAACUGCCCUGAGAACUCUGAGUGUACUAACACACCUGGAUCUUUUAUCUGUACCUGCACAAAUGGCUUUGCUAUGGAAGGCAGCGUGUGUCAAGAUACGAAUGAGUGUGCACAAAGUCCAUGUGCCUCCAUUGCGAUAUGUGUCAACACAGAGGGUAGCUUCACCUGUUCUUGUCCUCCUGGGUUCACUGGAGAUGGAAUGGUCUGUGAUGAUCGCAAUGAGUGCCUGGAUCCAUCUCUUAAUCUCUGUACCACAAUUGCCACGUGUGUUAAUAACAUCGGGAGCUUCAUUUGUAUGUGUCCAGACGGGUACAUUUCCAGCUUUGACGGAUUUGGCUGUAAUGACAUUAACGAGUGCUUAUUGGAUAUACUGAACGAUUGCUCCUCUACUGCCGAAUGUAGCAACCUACCUGGCAGUUUCACCUGCUCUUGUCUCCCUGGGUUAAUUGGAGAUGGAAGAAUCUGUGAAGAACCUCCCACCACCUCCGCCCCCACAACCUCCGCCCCUACAACUCCCGUCCCCACAUCCUCCCCUGGAGAGUGUAUGGUGGACAGUGACUGCGGUGACCGGGCCUCUUGUCAAAACGGGCCCUUUGGUACCACCUGUAUCUGCAACGAUGGUUUCUCGGGAGACGGACAAACAUGUCCUGAUAUCGACGAGUGUACAGCUGGGACGGACGAGUGUGGUGAUGACUCUACCUGUCUCAACACUCUGGGUACUUACUUGUGUCGAUGUAACAGAGGGUUCAAAAGAGGGAGCUCGAGAUUUGAGUGUGAAGACAAAAAUGAAUGUGUUGCCUACCCAACUAUAUGUGGCUCACAGAGGCAAUGUGUCAACACUCCUGGUAGCUACCAAUGUGUCCAGGAUGAGGCCACCCCUCGUAGCAGAGGUUCAAAGUCAAGGAGCAGGGGCAAGAAGACAAAGAAGGGUGGUGGUACGAGGAACAGAGAUCAGAAUGACGAGAGUUCAGAGUCCACCAGUACAAGAAGUUCAAGUAGUUCAAGCUCAAGUUCUUCAUCCAGUAGUUCAAGCAGUUCAAGUUCACGUUCACGUUCUUCAUCCAGUAGAAGUGGUUCAAGUAGUUCAAGUUAACCAGACUGACAAUUUACUGCACCAAUUGUGCAUUAACUUUGUAAAACUUAUGCUGCAUGUGUUUAAUAUAUACCUUAAUUUAUGAUAAGUCAUGAAUGUCA